ACACUAGUAAACGAGCCAGUACCAACUUACUUUUGUAGUGGUAGUUGGUGGUGUCUGUUUUUCAUUAUUGAGAUCAUCUGAUACCACCAACUACACGAUAAUUCACAAGCAAGAAAGAAAGAAAGAAAGAAAAAUUAAUGGAGAUUUUUGGUUCAGGGGAAGUCACUAGCUAUGAUCGAGUAGAAGAGUUAAAGGCUUUCGACGAAACGAAAGCGGGUGUCAAAGGAAUAGUUGAUGCGGGUGUUGUGAAGGUACCCAGGAUCUUUGUUCGGCCAGCAGAUGAAGUCGCUGCGGAUGAAUUAGUCUAUACUGAUGAAUUUGAGACUCCAAUGAUAGAUUUUGAAGGGUUGGAAAACACUGACCGCCGUAAGGUAAUCAUCGAUGAGAUUCGACAUGCAUCAGAAACAUGGGGUUUCUUUCAAAUGGUGAAUCAUGGGAUGCCCAAUAGUGUAAUGGAAGAUAUGAAGAAAGGUAAUCUCAGUUUCAAUGAGCAAGAUUUAGAAACUAAAAAACAGUUCUACUCAAGGGAUCUGAACAGAACUGUGAGGUUUAAUAGCAACUUUGAUCUCUAUAGAACAAAGUACGCUAACUGGAGAGACACCCUUGCCUUUAAUAUGUUUGCUCAUGAUCCUGUAGAUCCUCGAGAGUUGCCAUACACAUGCAGAGAUGAAACGACGGAGUAUCUGAAGCAUGUUGUGAAGCUAGGAGAUAUGCUUACGGAGUUAUUAUCCGAAGCGCUUGGACUUAAACCUGAUCACCUUAAAUCCAUGAGUUGUACUGAAUGGUUGGCAGUUGUACUUCACUAUUAUCCAGCAUGCCCCGAGCCAAACCUAACAUUGGGUGCAAGCAAGCAUUCCGAUCCAAGCUUCUUUACUCUUCUUCUCCAAGAUGAAAUCGGUGGCCUCCAAUUUUAUCAUCAGAACCAUUUGGUAUCUGUCAAUCCCACCCCUGGAGCUUUAGUAGUAAACAUUGGUGAUCUUCUUCAGUUGAUGAGCAAUGGCAAGUUUAGAAGUGCUGAACAUAGGGUCAUCUCUAAUCAUGCUGGACCAAGACUAUCAGCAGCAGUGUUUUUUAGACCAACGAUCCAGCAAACAUCCUCCAAGAAGAUUUAUGGUCCCAUCAAGGAGCUACUGUCAGAAGAUAAUCCUCCUGUAUACAGAGAGCUCACAUUCAAAGAAUUUGCCGAAUAUUACUAUUCCAAAGGGCUUGAUGGCGUUCCAGCACUCAACCACUUUAAGUUGUGAGGUAGGUAUAAUAGAAGACUCGAUCAAUAGAUAAUUGAACUGUCUUGGUAUGGAUAUUUGAUUUAUGGGCUAGUGAUAACAUAUGAGAACUAGAAGCUCUUAUUGUGAACUUUCUUUUAUCAUUCACAGAUGGUAAGAAUGUAAAUUUGUCAUAGUAUUACUAUGUGCUUAUGCUAUUAA